AUGGGUAAAUUUUGGUUUUGGCCAAAACAUGAUCACGAUAAUUCAACAUUUGCCAAUCAGGAUGCGAAAGAUUCGGAACAAAUUAAUUCCUCCAACUCCUUAUUAGAAGAAGAUUUUUCUCAUAUUUUAACUUAUGAGGGUCUUGAGAUUGAUCCUACUGGAGCCAUAGUAGACUAUAAUAUCGAUAUUAAUGAAGUACGUCGAAAGUCACAACUAAACACUGUCGAGACGCCCAAAGAUACGAUAAAGGAAUAUAUACCCGAAGAAUAUGUGACAAAUCAGAGUAAAGUCUCCCAUAGCAGAUACACAAUCGCUCAGAUUAUUUUAGUAACUGAUGUUGAUGGAAACAUACAUUCUCUUAAUAAAAAUAAUGGGGAACUACAGUGGACUUUACCUGGGUCGAUUUUUCCUCCACUAAUUAAAGUAGAAGCGGAUGCAUCUUUGGAGAAUGAGAUAUUUAUAAUAGAACCAUUUGAUGAUGGUAACAUAUAUUACGCUGAUGUUAGCGGGGGAAUCCAAAAACUUCCAAUAAAUGUCAAGCAGCUGGCUUUAUCAUCACCAAUACAUUUAAGAAUGAACUCCAGAAUGGGAGCUGAUAAUGAAUCCAAAAUUGAUGAUAGAAUUUAUAUUAGUUCUAGACGCUCAGUGAUGUACAAAAUUGAUCUAUUGAGUGGAAAAAUUUUAUCUAAGUUUGGUUUCGAGUCCCAACAUGAUAAUCAAAGUUUCUAUUCAAUGCAUGAAGAUGACCAGGAAAGUGACUUAGACAAUUCCUCUUUUAAUGUGUUACUUACAAGAACCAUUUACGAAAUUAGAACGUACACAAAGGAAGGUGCGUCUUACAAUAUAACAUAUUCUGCAUGGGACGAAAAUUCCAUACAGAGUUCCAACCCUCAAUUUCAGAUGCUUAAAUCCGAUACCAAUAAAGUUGACUACAUUCCCUUAAGUGAUAAGUCAAUUGUUGCAAGAAAUCAGCUAAAUGGAGAUAUGAAAUGGAGGACUGAAAUCCCAAAUAUAGCGAUUGGGGUUUUUGAGAUACUUCGUGACACAACAAAUGGUGAACAUAUUCCAAUUCAGUAUCCAUUAAAAGAUGUUGAUGUACCAAAACCAGACGAUAUAAAAAAUCAAGUUUAUUUCAAUAGAGUAGAUGGUAGUUCUUGGUAUGCACUGUCAGGUACGAACUAUCCAUCUUUAGUAGGAAGUGCCUCAUUGAUCAACAAUGAGCAGGAUAAUAACAACUACAGUGUUUUAGGAAGCAUAUCUGGUGUCCAUACUCUUCAAAAUCCUGAUUACAAUGUAUUUUACGAAAACAACAGAGGUGUUUUGGGUUUACCUGCUAUGAGUAGAAACACAUUAUUGUUGGACCCACCAAAUUCUGUAGUAGAUAGUGGUUUACCAUCAGAUCUGCAACCCCCAUAUAUUGAUGGCUCAUAUAAUGAUGAAAUUUCAGAACAAGAAAUGAGGAUGCAGCUAAAUAGAUUGCGUAAUGUAUCCCAUGGUUACUAUGAAGAGUUAAUGAGUAAAUUAUCUCAGAUAAUUGUGCUUUCUAUGCUAGGAGUAUUUGCAUUGUCAACUUUUAUUUUUAUUUACUCUAGAGUAACAGGUAUGCCGGUAAAGCAUAUGUGGUGGAAUAUAGUAAACAUAUUCAGAGCUAAUAACAAUACAAUUACUGCCAAGAAAGUAACUGAAGAAGGUGGUCAGGUUGAGAAACGAAAGAGAAAACGAGGUGCCAGAGGAGGAAAAAAGAACAAGAAAAGCGCAUUCAUUAGUAACAAUGAUGAUGAGUUGAGUAAUAGAGUUUUGCAAGUGUCAGACAAAGUUUUGGGCUAUGGGUCUUCUGGAACAGUGGUAUAUGAAGGAAAAUUUCAAGAAAGAAGUGUUGCUGUUAAGAGAAUGUUGGUGGACUUUUAUGAUAUAGCAUCCAAAGAGAUUGAGCUGUUAUCAGAAAGUGAUGAGCACCCAAAUGUUGUUCGUUACUAUUGCUCAGAGGAAACAAGCAAAUUUCUAUAUAUAGCACUUGAAUUAUGUGAUUCAAAUUUGGAACAACUAAUCGAAACGAAUAAUGUAAUGAGACAUGAACAAAGAUUAAAAGAUUAUGAAUUGGUGGACAUAUUAGCACAAAUUACUCAAGGAAUCGCUUACUUACAUUCAUUAAAUAUAAUUCACCGUGAUAUAAAACCACAAAAUAUUUUGAUAUCAAAAUCUAAGAAGAGGCUUCAAAAGCCCACUACAGGUAAUGGAAAUAAUAAGACCAGAAUCAUGUUAUCUGAUUUUGGCUUAUGUAAGAAGCUUGAUUUCGAGCAAUCUUCUUUCAAAACCAAUAUAAAAAAUGCAGCAGGUACGGUUGGUUGGAUGGCACCCGAAUUGCUUAUUGAAGAUGAAAACAGUAAUAAAAUAAGUGUAUCUCAAGAAAUUGAGAAGAUAGAUGAAGUAUAUGACCCAUAUUUGAGGAGAAGAUUGACAAAAGCAAUAGACAUAUUCUCACUCGGUUGUGUUUUCUACUACGUUUUAUCGGGAGGAUCACACCCCUUUGGAGAUAAAUAUACGCGUGAAUUCCAAAUCAUAAAUGGUAAAAAAGAUUUCAAAGGAUUAAAAGAAAAUAUGAAAGAUAAGUCAUUGGUAUAUGAGGCUGUAAAUAUUUUGAAUCAAUUACUUAAUCAUGAUCCAUCGAAUAGACCCAGCGCUGAAGUAGUUUUGAGACAUCCAUUCUUUUGGUCAAAAGCAAAGAAGUUGGACUUUUUACUGAAGGUGAGUGACAGGCUGGAAAUUGAAACCCGCGAUCCACCCAGUGAAUUACUAACCAAGCUCGAAAAUAGAUCAAGAAGAAUAAUACCACAUCAUGACUGGUGCAAAUACCUCGAUCCAGAAUUCUUUGAAAACCUGAUGAAAUACCGCAAAUACCAAAAGGAGAAAGUAGUCGACUUGUUGAGAGCGAUAAGAAAUGUUUACCAUCACUAUAAUGACUUGCCAGAACACAUAAGAGAAAAAAUGGGGUCCAUCCCUAAUGGAUUCUAUGACUAUUUUUCAGAAAAAUAUCCGCAUCUAUUAAUGGAGGUUCAUUUUUUGAUUAAUAAAACAAUCAAGAAUGAGAAUUUAUUCGAGGAGUUCUUUUGA